GGCAGCACCAUGAAGUCAAGGGGCCUUUUUCUUCUCCUGGGGCUCUUCACCCUCUGGACAACACUACAGGGUGCACCAACAGAAAGGAUCCCUGGCACAGCUUCUCCUCUCCAUGGCAAUGACCCAGGGAAACUCAUAUCAACAGAAGAUGAGCUGAAGGAAAAACUUACGUUGGGGGUAACAAAACCGGUGUCUGGAGUUGAACCUGAGUCUAAUGGAAAACCUGUGUCUGGUGCAGAACCUCUAUCCACCGAAAACCCUGUGUCUGUUGUAAAACCUAGAUCCAAUGGAGAACCUGAAUCUGAUGAAAGACCUGUGUAUGGUGGGAGAGAUGAUGAUGAUGAUGAUUCUGACCUGCAGAAUAGUGACUCUGACAGGAAUGAUGACUUUGAUGGGGGAGAUGAUGAUUCUGACCUGCAGGAUGGUGCCUCUGACGGGGAUGAUAACUUUGAUGGGGGAGAUGUUGAUGAUAGCGUGAGGGACGGUGACUUUACCAAGGCUGAUGACGUUGAUGGAGGAGAUGAUGAUUCUAAUGUGAGGGAUACUCGCUCUGAUGGGGCUGAUGACUUUGACGCAGGAAAUGUCGAUUCUUACCUGCAGGAUGGUGGCUCUGAUGGGGGAGAUGGUGAUGAUGAUGAUAACAUGAGUGACGAUGACUUUGCUGGGGUUGAUGACUUUGACGGGGAAGAUGAUGAUAAUGUGAGGGAUGGUGACUUUGCCAGGGCUGCUGAUGGGGGAGAUGAUGAUUCUAAUGUGAGGGAUACUCGCGCUUAUGUUGAUGAUGACUUUGACGCAGGAGAUGUUGAUUCUUACCUGCAGGAUGGUGGCUCUGAUGGGGGUGAUGACUUUGGUGAGGCUGAUGAUGGGUCUGAGGGUUUAGAGUAUUAAGGAGAGUUUCCUCAGACCUCAUUGACCCGGACAUGGAAACCUUCUGAUAUCAUAUCAGCUGGCAAAUACAUUCCUGGCAACAAGAGCCUCUCUUUCCUGUUUGACGUUUUCCAGCUUUCCCUUCUCUUUUACUAGUGAUUGCCUGGGAACACGCUGCCUCAUCGAAUGACAAGGUUACUGCUCAAGGAUCACUAUCUCUGGGUGAAGGAAAUCAAUGUUCAGGGAUCUUUGCUCCCUGGCCUGAGUAGGGUGCAAGGGGAUGUUGGGGGUUCUCUCUCUAAGCUUGUCACCAUAGUGUCUGAGCACUUUGAUUCAGUUUUCAGGUCACUUUUUCUUGAGAUAUAUUUUCUUUCUUAUUAAAUCUUUUCUGAUGGGUUAGCACUGAUGUUCUCCACUCCUAGCAGUGUUCCAGGUUUCAGGCAGUUCCUGCUCAGAUACCCUGUCCCAAUUGCAUGGUGCACCCAAGACCAGUCCCUUCCUAAGACAAUCUUCAGCGCUGGGCAUUAAUCCUUAAUCUGGGAAGCAGGAGAUUCUGAGCUAGGAAGGAAAACUCAUUUACUCAUAAAUUCCCCUUUUGAUGUGGCUUCCCCUGCCCCGAGGUCAGCCAGACCUUCUGGCUAAGAGUAACCAUAGCAUUGGUUUAGUAUCUGAUACAUCCUCUGCUGGUCUCCAUGGAGUGAAUGGGCUGAAUGAACUAAAUGGCGUUUUCUAUCUCUAACUACUGCGACUCUCUUCUCUAAUGGAUUGUAUUUACUGAGGGACAACCUAUCCUACGUUCUCAAUGACUGAGGGACAAUAUACACUCAUUACUAUAUUUGCUUUCCACAAACUGCUCUUAGUAUAACCUUUUAUGAGAGAUAUACCUGAAUAUUUGGCUGCUAAUAUCUAAACUGUACUGUUAAAUUUAUUAACCCUAAUUUGGGAUAUUGCAGAUUAUGUACUAUAUGUAUUUUAGGGCUUUUAAACCAAACUUUGUACUUGUGGAUAAUUUAAGCACUAUACCCAGAUGUACAGACACUCUUUCCUCAACCUGUGUAUUAGAGAAUUUUAACAUUAGGGUUAAUAAACAUUUUAAAAUCUGAAACAUCCUCUGCUGGUGCCCCAUGGAGUGAAUAGGCUGAA